AUGUUCGGAGCUUUAAAUAGGUUCAUCGGGCGUCUGGAGGGCGAGCCCGCACAGCAGGCUUCUAGCAAUGGAGACAAUUCGUUUGGUUUCCAGGUCCUCCGCAACAAGGACUCCGAGCUGCCUCUCGAGCCCUGGUUCGACUUCAUUAUCGGUAUCAAUGGUCGCCUGAUUGAUGACCCCGAUCCAAACCUGUUCGCUACGGAGGUCCGCAACUGCGCCGGUUCAAGCGUGUCGCUCGAGAUAUGGAGCGCAAAGGGCCAACGGACACAUACUAUCUCCAUCCCUGUGCCAGCUGGCAACCCAACCCUCGGACUUACCCUACAACUAAGCCCCCUGUCGUCAACGCAGCAUAUAUGGCACGUUCUCGACAUCCCUUCGUCUCACAGUCCAGCAUACCUAGCGGGACUUCUUCCACACUCGGACUACAUACUGGGAACACCUAGUGGAACACUACGAGGCGAAUCCGCGCUUGGUGAGCUGGUGGAGGACCAUCUCAACAGGAGCCUGACUCUAUGGGUCUACAACAGUGAAUUCGAUGUUGUUCGAGAGGUAGAGCUUGUCCCUACGAGAGGCUGGGGUGGUGAAGGUGCAUUGGGUGCUGUUCUGGGAUAUGGAGCUCUACAUCGGCUACCAGUCGGUCUUGGAGAGGAGGUAGAAGGACCGGGUGAAGUCGUGUUCGAAACCAAGGACGAUGGCUUCUCACAGCAGACACAAGCUCCUGCAGUGGGCGGUGGAUCCUUCCUUGUCCCUGCAACCAUAGCCUCGCCUCCGCCUCUGAGAUCGGGAACUCCCACGUCCGGGAAGUCGAAGGGAGGGAGAAGACAUCGACAUGCGGCGAUAUCGCCAAACUCAGCGUUUGAUGAAUACUUCGCAGAAGGAGAGCAGAAGAGCAGGGAGCAGGAUUAUGCCCCAUCAAGGAAUAGUACUCCCCUUCCGCCGCCUCCCAAAGUUGGCGCUCCUCCACGCAAUUCCGAUAGCCCUGCGCCUGCACCGACUGAGACCUAA